AUGGCGAUGAUGAUGACUGGCCGUGUGCUGCUGGUGUGUGCCCUCUGCGUGCUGUGGUGCGGUGCCGGCGGUGUUUAUGCGAGGGACGUUGACACCAACGCAGUGGGUGGCUGCAUGGCGUCGGGAGUGUUGGGUGAGAAUGGAUCCCACAUGCCUGACGGAUGUAAUAAAACUGCGAUUACGAUGACUUUGCGGUCAGUACUGCCCAUUACUGCCGUCGAAGCUUCGGCUGGAACAGAUAAUACUGUUGUAAUACAGAACGAUUCGCAUUCAAGUGGGACUUCCAACGCUGGUGCUUCUCCUGGUGGUCAUUCUGCUGGUGGAGGCGGUGGAACUUCUGCUGGCGGUCAAGGCAGCGGUGGCAUUUCUUCUGGUUCUUCUGCUUCUCCUCCUGUUCCUUCUGGUGGUCCUCCCGCUCCUCCUGCCGGUUCUCCUCCUCCUGCUGCUCCAGAUCCUCCUGCUGCUCCUGCUGUUUCUCCUGCUCUUACUCCUGCUACUCCUGGUGUUGAUUCUUCAGCUGGCAGCAGUGAUGGUAAAGCGGGGUCCUCAGGCAGUCAUCGAACUAACACAACAGGGGACUCUUCAACAGGAGAUCAGACGUCUGCAGCAGCAGCGGCUCACAACCCCUCGCCAGCCGAAGGAUCGGCAGGGACGACAUCCGGCACUGAACACACACGACAAGAAGAAGAAGAAGAGGAAGAGGAAGAAGAUUAUGAAAAGCAGCAGCAAAGUGAUGAAACACAAGUCCAACAACAUCAACAGCAUGAACGCCCCGCGGAAGGUGGCGAAGAAUCCGCGAAAGAUAAAAACGCCCUUCGUACAAAUGCCACCGCAAAUACAGGCGACAGUGACAGCAGCACCGCGGUCUCCCACGCCACCUCCCCUCUUUUGCCUCUUCUUGUUGUUGCGUGUGCGGCUGCUGCUGCGGUGGUGGCCGCGUGA